AUGGCAGUCAUAACAAUGACAUCCGUCCCCAACGUCGCGAUGCAUGACAAGAAGUCAUCGACAACUACUGUGGUUGUACAAGAAGUGGGCAGUGACCACGAUGACGAUGCCAGCCCUCACCCAGAUACCGACUACAAGCUCAAUCGGGAUGGUCGGGAGUCACUCCGACUCACGGCUCAGCACUACUGCCUUGUUGCUCGCCAAGGGUUCCUCCUCCACCCCACGCUUGCAGAAUCUAUCAGAAACAUUUCUCAGCCACGCAUCGCCGAUGUAGCGACGGGCAAUGGAGUCUGGGCAGCGGAAGUUGCUCGAGAGUAUCCUCACGCCUCGGUGCUCGGCCUCGAUGUUUCCGAUGCACAGUACUCACCCAAAUGGACAUGGGGACGGAAUUCGGGAUUCGAUCUCUAUGAUCUACUCCAGGAUGUCCCUGCCCACCUUCAGGGACAAUUCGACGUGGUGCACGUGCGAUUGAUACUUGCCGCAGGACCAAAUGUUGACAAAAACAUAUUCAUUGAUCGUUUUCGAAAGUUACUGAGACCUGACGGAUGGUUGCAGUGGGACGAUCUAUGCUACCCAAACGUUCACCUCGUGCAAAUGCCUACAGAUGGUGUGGUCAAGACCUCAAGCGCACGCGACUACCCCAUCAUGCAUCUGUUGAACAAAUACCUUAGUCAGGAGGAGCGUAUCUCGUGGAUCGACCAUUUUCAACCAACGAUACAGCAAGCAGGAGGUUUCGACAGCAUCAUACAUUCCGUUGCGCCUGUGAGACCCGAGCUGUUGACCAUGGAGACAGAAUUAACGAUUGCCGUCUUUUCUGACCUUGCAAAUAUCCUCAUCCUGAAUAGCAGAAUUACGAGUCCACAAGAAGUAUCAGAUCUGCGGAGGGCUGUGGUCAGGAUGUGCAAUGAUCGGAAUGAGGGUCUGCUGUUCACAUAUAAUUGGCAUACGGGGAUCGCACGGAGAAGUUUUGCAUAG